AUGGAUGUCCUUGUCCCGUGGCGCACUAGUGAAUUCUGUGGCGGGCCCGGGCUAGCUACAUCCUGCUACACGCUAUUUACGCAACAUGCGCAAUGCAAACUUCCUUUUUCUAAUGCAGCGGAGUCAAAUCCCCUGUCUUUGACUCCAGGCUCCUGGUUAAGGAGACAGAAAAGACUGAAAAUGGGUUUUGUGAAAGUGGUGAAAAAUAAGUCCUACUUCAAGAGGUACCAGGUCAAAUUCAGGAGGAGGCGAGAGGGAAAGACGGACUACUUCGCCCGUAAGCGCCUGGUCAUCCAAGAUAAGAACAAGUACAACACACCCAAAUACAGGAUGAUCGUCCGCUUCUCCAACCGGGAUAUCGUCUGCCAGAUUGCCUAUGCUAAGAUCGAGGGGGACAUGAUCGUGUGCGCUGCCUACUCCCACGAGCUGCCCAAGUACGGGAUCGCCGUUGGUCUGACUAACUACGCAGCAGCCUACUGCACUGGUCUGCUGCUGGCCCGCAGGCUGCUGAACAAGUUCGGCCUGGACAAGGUGUACGAGGGACAGGUGGAGGUCACUGGAGAUGAGUUCAACGUGGAGAGCAUCGAUGAUCAGCCAGGUGCAUUCACCUGCUACCUGGAUGCAGGGCUCGCCAGAACCAGCACUGGCAACAAGGUUUUUGGAGCCCUGAAGGGGGCUGUGGAUGGAGGCCUGUCCAUCCCCCACAGCACUAAGCGCUUCCCUGGAUAUGAUGCGGAGAGCAAAGAGUUCAAUGCAGAGGUCCACCGCAAGCACAUCAUGGGUGUCAAUGUGUCUGAGUACAUGAGCUAUCUGAUGGAGGAGGAUGAGGACGCAUACAAGAAGCAGUUCUCUCGCUUCAUCAAGAAUGGUGUUGCUCCUGACACGGUUCAGGAGAUGUACAAAAAGGCCCAUGCUGGCAUUCGUAACAACCCAGUCCACGAAAAGAAGCCCAAGAAAGAAGUCAAGAAGAAGAGGUGGAACCGUGCCAAGCUCUCUCUGGCCCAGAGGAAAGACCGCGUUGCUCAGAAGAAGGCCAGCUUCCUCAGGGCUCAGGAACAGGAGGCUGCCGACAGCUAAACUCUGGUCCUAAUGAUGUAGGGACAAUUCUUUGUUCUAAUAAAUCUACAGAAAAAGAA